CAGAUUUGAAGCGCAAAUGUCAAAGAUGGCGGCACAAUGAUAAUUUAGUGGUACUUCACGGAACAAAACAGAGAGAUUUAAUUCAAGAAUGUUCGCCUCUGAUGUCCAUGGAUCUCGAAGAUAAAGUCAUGGAUUAACACAUGUAAAGGAGGCAUUUUGUCACCAUGGCAGCAACCAAGUAGCAGUUCUUGCUGUUGUACCUUCUAGUUGCAACCAUUCUUGGGAUUUUUAAGUGUAAACUUGCAAACUUCAAACAUUGCAGUUGGACGGUUUUUCCCCCCGAGCAAUUUAUUUGGAGGCUCCGUCGGUUGUUACUGAAGUCUUCGCAAUGGCGGACGUGACGCUUGACUCAAUCGUCGCGCAAAUCCUUAAGCCGGAUACGCAGUCGAGACUCCAGGCGUCUCACGAGUUUCAAAUGUUCCUAGCGGACGAGGAUAACCAGUUGGUGUGUGAGAACUUUGACCGGUUGGUGGACGCUCUGGUCUCCUGGGUCAACUGUAGUAACUUCAAGGUUUCCCUGUGUGGCCUGGAAUGUCUGACAUGUCUGGUCGACAGAAUGGAAGAGAAAUUCAAAACACACAUUGGAACAGUACUACCAGCCGUUGUGGAUCGUCUCGGUGAUGGAAAAGACCAAGUGCGUGAGCAAGCCCAGGCACUCAUCCAGAAACUGAUGAGUCCAGCCGCAACGCCCCAGUAUGUUUUUGAGAGGUUGAUGAAGGGAUUCUCACACAAAGGCUGGCGGGUCCGUGAGGAGAUUUUACUGUGCCUCAACCAGACUAUCAAUGUGUUUGGGGCGGCAACCCUGUCACUCAAUAAGAUAGUCCCUUCAAUCUGCAAGUUGCUGGGAGACCCUAACAGUCAGGUGCGUGAUACAGCCAUCAACACACUCGUUGAGAUAUACAGGCACGUAGGAGAGAAAGUCCGGAUUGACUUGGGAAAGAAAGGCAUCCCAUCAUCAAGGUUAUCCAUCAUCUAUGCAAAGUUUGAUGAAGUCAAUCGAUCAGGUCGAAUGCUGGUUGUCUCACCUGAUGCUCCGAAGCCUUCCUCUGGAGGAGAUGAACCAGACAGUAAAAUUUCCUUCUGGAAUACCAAAAUGAAAAGUGCUGUCGCUAAAACGUCGGCCGUCAGUAGUUUUGCGGAGGAGACUUUGUAUGAAAAUGAAGAGGCGGGACACAAAUCGCAAGCAAAGCGAGCGGCCAGCGGCGUCAGUCGGAAAUCAGCAGCAAGUAGACCCGCCACUGCAAGCGGUUCAUCUGCUGCUGGGUCCGUUGAUGAAGAUGCAUUUUAUAAUUCCUUUGAGGAUGUACCAAAUGUCACAAUAUUCAGCAAUCGAUCCCUGGAAGAGGAACUGAAUAAACUCAAUGAAAUAAUGAAAGACGAGAAGGCAGAUUGGGAAGUGCGAACCAAUGCAUUGAAGAAGCUGAGAAGUUACUUCAUUGCCGGGGCGCCAGACUACGACUGUUUCCUGCCAUGCCUGCGCAUCCUUGAGGAGGCCUUAGUGUUUUCUGUCAAGGACCUCCGGUCGCAGGUCGUGCGAGAAGGGUGCAUCACAUUGGCAUUUUUUUCUGUGAAGCUUGGCCGUCAGUUUGACCAUGUAGCAGAGACGCUGCUUCCACCGCUGUUCAAUCUACUACAGAACACCGUUAAAGUAAUGGCGACAUCUGGCAGUGUGUGUCUUGGUAUAAUACUAAAGCACAAUCACUCAACAAGAUUAAUACCCAUCUUCAAGCAUAACAUCACCUCCAAGUCCACUGCAAUUAGGAGACAAAGCUGUCAAUUUCUCCUGAACAUUCUGACGGAUUGGGAGACGCAUUCCUUGGAGAAACAUGUCAACAUUCUCUCGGAUUGCGUGCAUAAAGGCAUUGAAGAUGCAGACAGUGAGGCUAGAGCUAUAUCAAGAAAGGCUUUUUGGAAGUUUUCGGAGCAUUUCCGUGUCCAAGCCGACAAGCUCUUCCACUCCCUGGAUGCAUCCAAGCAGAAGGCAGUACAAGGCGACAUGAGUGGUGCGUCUAGCUCAGGAUCGCUCAGCUCCAAGUCCCUGUCUAGGGCUUCCAGCUCCGGCUCACAGGAGAACGUCAGCUCGACGACGUUGCCGAGGAGAUCAAUCUAUGCCAGUAGAUCAACACGGAGGAAAACAACUGAAAUAGUUUAUAGGCCCAAUACACACACAGACAAAACAGAUGGCAACAAAAGCGGAGCCCUUGGCCAGCGUUCCAGUAGCGAGGUCAACCUCGCGGCGGCCUCCAGAUCCCGUUCCCGCUACGCUUCCAACACGAGCGCAGCCGGCAUGGCGGCUCGCAUGCCCAGAUCCAAGUCAACAUCUAGGGAAAACUUGCUGGCUGCGACCACACCGGGACGUAGUAAUAUCCCUACACCUAACGGAAGGACGGGCAGAACAAAGAGUAGAAUUGGCGUCUCACAAUCUCAACCUGGUAGUCGGACAAACAGCCGUUCUAGUUCCCCGUCACAACUCCGCUUGCAGCAAGGCAUAGCGGUGAACGGUAGCGCAGCUACCGCAGCGAGACGACGCAACAAGAGCGGGAUACCAGUGCCUCGUAGUCAGGGGACCAGCAGGGAAGCUAGCCCCAGCAGAUACAACUUUGCCUCACGAGAUCGUCGUCUAAGCAACUCUUCAGGGAGUCAAGCCCAACGAGAGGCGAACCACAAGGGGAACAUCUUGACCCAACGAGUCUUGGAACCGGGUCAGGAUGCGGAGACGGCCCUGGCUAUGGCCCUGUCCCAGCAGGCUAAGGCAAGUCGGAGGCGAUGGGACAGCUAUUCCGACGAUGAGAGUGAAACCUCCAGCGUCUGCUCAGUGGGUUCGUUCGGUUCAGGCAGAGAUCGUGCUUUUGAGGACAUUCCUGAGAUCCUGAACAAGAUGGCCAGUCCAGGCUGGUCGGAGAGGAAGGAAGGUCUCAUCGGAAUGCAGAAUGUUCUCCAGUGUUCCAGACCGCUCAGCCGGGCAGAGUUAAAGAGAGCGCAGGACAUCUUUACCAGAAUGUUUGCCGACGCACACAGCAAGGUUUUUAGCCUCUUCCUGGAGACCCUCGUCGAGUUUGUCAUCGUCCACAAGUCCGACCUCUCUGAUUGGCUGUUUGUCCUGAUGACACGCCUCUUAAUGAAGAUGGGGGCCGACCUCUUGGGCUCGGUGCUGCACAAAGUUCAAAGGGCACUGGAUGUGGUCAGGGAGGCAUUUCCAUAUGACCAGCAAUUCAAGAUUCUCACCAGGUUCAUCAUGGAUCAGACGCAGACGCCAAACAACAAGGUCAAGGUUUCUUUACUACGCUACAUGGAGAGCCUGUCUGAAUUGAUGGAUCCGUCCCAGUUUACUAAUUCUAGCGAGACUCGUCUGGCUGUCUCUAGAAUUAUCAGCUGGACUAAAGAGGCCAAGAACCCUGAAGUCAGAAAGGCAUCCCAGUCUGUUCUGAUUGCGCUGUUUGAGCUCAACACACCCGAGUUCAGCUCCAUGCUGUCAGUGCUGCCCAAGACAUUCCAGGACGGUGCCACCCGGCUUUUACAUAACCACCUCCGCAACGCUACAGUCAAUGAAAACGAGAGUAUAGCCGUAGACCUCCAGCGUAAGGCGUCCCCUCGCUCACCCUACAAAGCCUCCCCACGCUCCACGGACUCCUCGCCCCGGGGCAGCUACGCCAGCAACGGGCCUCCGGAAUUCGACGCCGAGAACAUGAACUCGGAGGACAUCUACGACUCACUGCGUCGAACGACCGCCGCCAUCCAGAACUUCACGUACAGCAGCCGAGACGACUUGGACGCCUUCUUGAAGGAAGGGCACCGGGUGGACAGUGAUGAGGUAUCCGCUGAUAGCGGCAUCAUCAGUUCCAUGACGGAUGUUAGGGUGGACAGCCCCCCGGGCAAGGUGAAAGGAUAUCAGGACUAUUUGCCGGCGUCGUCAAACGGCGAUGCUUACGCGCGCCAACAGCCGCCGCCGCCUCCACAACCAUUCCUUGCCAACACCCCUGCCUCAUAUUCUUCCUCUUCCGUUACAUCCAACUACUCCUGUCCCGUCAUCCAACGGGACAAUGGUAUAUCAGAUACCAGACUGACAGUUACUGAUGGUUCUUGUGAGGAUCUGUUGAGUGAAGGUGAUCAUGUAGACAUCCUAGUGCCUCUCUUAACUGAGUUGUCAAACCACAAUCAAAGGUUUGAGGAGAGACGGACCGCCAUGAUGCAGCUGAUUAAGCUGACGAGGUCUGAGAGUGUCACCAUGUGGGACAAUCACUUCAAGACGGUCUUACUGCUGAUGCUGGAGACUCUAGGGGAUGUGGAGGCUUCCAUUCGAGCGAUGGCCCUGCGAGUCCUGAGGGAGAUCCUACGCAACCAGCCGGAUAGAUUCAAAGAUUACGCUGAGCUGACGAUUCUCAAGAUACUGGAGGCUCAUAAAGAUCCACAAUCUGAGGUCGUACGAGCUGCAGAGGAGACAUCAGCAACCUUGGCUCAUUCCAUUGCUCCCGAUCAGUGCGUCCGAGUUCUGUGUCCCAUCAUACAGACGGCAGAGUACCCCAUCAACCAAGCCGCUAUCAAGAUGUUGACUAAGGUGCUCGAGUUGAUGCCAGGGCUGGAACUGGAAGAAAUUGUCGCCGAGGUUGUCCCAGUAUUACUCAAGUCUUACGACCAUCACGAGAGUAGCGUACGGAAGGCUAGCGUCUUCUGUUUGGUGGCUAUCCAUAGUGUGAUAGGAGAGAGACUGAAGGACCAUCUGGGCAGCCUGUCAGGAAGCAAGACCAAACUUCUCAAUCUGUACAUAAAGAGAGCUCAGUCGGAGAAGCAGACCACUGUGCCAUCACCUAGCUCACCCUCGGCGCUCUCAAGUGGAAGCAGAUAGCUCUCCCAAGAAGACACAGACCACUGUGCCAUCACCUAGCUCACCCUCAGCUCUCUCAAGUGGAAGCAGAUAGCUCUCCCAAGCAGACACAGACCACUGUGCCAUCACCUAGCUCACCCUCGGCUCUCUCAAGUGGAAGCAGAUAGCUCCCCAAGCAGACAAAGACCACUGUGCCAUCACCUAGCUCACCCUCAGCUCUCUCAAGUGGAAGCAGAGAACUCCCCGAGCAGACACAGACCACUGUGCCAUCACCUAGCUCACCCUCAGCUCUCUCAAGUGGAAGCAGAUAGCUCUCCCAAGCAGACACAGACCACUGUGCCAUCACCUAGCUCACCCUCGGCUCUCUCAAGUGGAAGCAGAUACCUCUCCCAAGCAGGCACAGACCACUGUGCCAUCACCUAGCUCACCCUCAGCUCUCUCAAGUGGAAGCAGAUAGCUCUCCCAAGCAGACACAGACCACUGUGCCAUCACCUAGCUCAUUCUCGGCUCUCUCAAGUGGAAGCAGAUAGCUCUCCCAAGCAGACACAGACCACUGUGCCAUCACCUAGCUCACCCUCAGCUCUCUCAAGUGGAAGCAGAUAGCUCUCCCAAGCAGACACAGACCACUGUGCCAUCACCUAGCUCACCCUCGGCUCUCUCAAGUGGAAGCAGAUAGCUCCCCAAGCAGACAAAGACCACUGUGCCAUCACCUAGCUCACCCUCAGCUCUCUCAAGUGGAAGCAGAGAACUCCCCGAGCAGACACAGACCACUGUGCCAUCACCUAGCUCACCCUCAGCUCUCUCAAGUGGAAGCAGAUAGCUCUCCCAAGCAGACACAGACCACUGUGCCAUCACCUAGCUCACCCUCGGCUCUCUCAAGUGGAAGCAGAUACCUCUCCCAAGCAGGCACAGACCACUGUGCCAUCACCUAGCUCACCCUCAGCUCUCUCAAGUGGAAGCAGAUAGCUCUCCCAAGCAGACACAGACCACUGUGCCAUCACCUAGCUCAUUCUCGGCUCUCUCAAGUGGAAGCAGAUAGCUCUCCCAAGCAGACACAGACAACUGUGCCAUCACCUAGCUCACCCUCAGCUCUCUCAAGUGGAAGCAGAUAGCUCUCCCAAGCAGACACAGACCACUGUGCCAUCACCUAGCUCACCCUCAGCUCUCUCAAGUGGAAGCAGAUAACUCUCCCAAGCAGACACAGACCACUGUGCCAUCACCUAGCUCAUUCUCGGCUCUCUCAAGUGGAAGCAGAUGGCUCUCCCAAGCAGACACAGACCACUGUGCCAUCACCUAGCUCACCCUCAGCUCUCUCAAGUGGAAGCAGAUAGCUCUCCCAAGCAGACAGGAAUCACUGGGCCAUCACCUAGCUCACCCUCAGUUCUCUCAAGUGAAAGCAGAUAGCUCAACCUCAGCUCUCUCAAGUGGAACCUGAUAACAGCUCAAGACCGAAAACCUUGCCAAGCAAUAGCAGGAAGCUUUCCUGUUCCUAUACUCAACUUUGUACAUGUACCACAAAAUUCUGAUAAUCUUUGCACCUGUAUACUGCAAUUCCUUUGUAAGGAGCAAAUUCAGUCAAUUCCCGAAGUCUCUGAAUUUCUCUUUGACCUGAAAUUGAUUGAAAGUGUUUAUAAAAAAAA